CUUUUUUGGUUGAUUGUUUUGUGUCUUUCUUGUUAUUGAUUGGUUGUUGCUGUUUGUUGUGUAUUGUUUGUUGAUCAUGGGAGAUACUAGUACUUCUGCUACCAUGAUUAGUAAGCUUGAUAUUGGAGACCCUUUGUACCUUCACCCUAGUGACUCUAGUACCCUAACCAUUGUUAGUAUAAAGUUAAAAGGAACUGAAAAUUACCCUGUCUGGUCUAAUGCUAUGAGACUUGCUUUAGAAGCAAAAAAUAAAUAUGGGUUUAUUGAUGGUAAAUGUAUAAAACCAAAAGAUGAUCAGGUCUUAGCAAAUCAGUGGGAUAGGUGUAAUUCAGUUGUGAUUACUUGGUUAUUAAACUCUAUUUCUGAGGAGUUAUUUCUGGGGCAAGUUUUUUCUAAACUUGCCUCAGAAGUCUGGACUGAUUUGAAAGAGUCAUUUGAUAAGGUGGAUGGUUCUCUUGUGUAUGAUUUGUAUAAAAGAAUAAAUGGUAUUUCUCAAAAUGGAAGCACUGUUGCUGAAUACUAUAACAGGCUGACAACCAUGUGGAAGCAGUUUGAUGCAAUGGUGCAGCUUCCUACAUGUUCUUGUCAGGAUGCUAAAGAUUACAAUGAUUUUUCCACUCUUAUUAAACUAAUGCAGUUUCUUAUGGGGCUUGAUGAUGUUUAUCAGCCUGUAAGAACAAACUUGUUAACAAGAGAACCAUUCCCUUCAGUUAAGGUUGCAUUUUCUAUUGUGUCCAGAGAGGAGUCUCAUAGGCUGUCCUCAAAUGGAUCUAAAGGUCAAAAUGUAUCAUUUGUAACUAAGUCAAAUCAGUCAUUUGAUUCUAGGAAGAAGAAUACUAGAGGUCCUAAUCCUAACCUAAAAUGUUCUCAUUGUAAUAUGCUUGGUCAUACGGUUGACCGGUGUUAUGAGGUUAUUGGAUAUCCACCUGGUUUUAGGAAAAGACCAGGUGGGCAGUCUUAUAGAUCUAAUGUGUCUAAUAAUAAUAAUAAAAGUAAUUCUACUGUUGGGUCUUCAAAUUCUGUUGGUACUGCUAUGCCUUUCACUUCUGAGCAGAUUUCUAAGUUGUUGAGUCUUGUUGGAGAAAGUUCUGGUGGUGAACAGGCUAAAUCUAAUAUGGGAGGAUUUGAGAUCCAAGAAGGUCCUGGUGACUGGUGGUCAGGACAAUGGUUUAUACUUUGUUGGGAAACAUGGUAAUUCUGUUAAUGUCUGUUUGAAUAGUGUGUUUAAGUCAAGUUUGUGGCAUAGUAGGCUAGGCCACCCGUCUGAUCAGGUUCUAGCUGUUUUAAAAGGGUGUCUAGAUAUUAAAACUUUAGACCAUGGUCCAUGUGAAGUUUGCCAUAAGGCAAAACAAGUGAGGGUUCCAUUUCCUUUAAGUGAUCAUAAAACAAAAGAAAUAGGUGAUUUAGUUCACUUAGAUGUAUGGGGUCCAUACAGAGUGUCUAGUAAUGAAGGGUUUAAAUAUUUUCUAACUGUGGUUGAUGAUUAUUCACGAACUGUAUGGUGUUAUUUACUGAAAAAUAAAAUGGAAGUCUUUGAAAAUAUAACUGAUUUUUAUGAAUUACUCUUAACCCAGUUUAAAAAAAGAGUAAAGAUUUUCAGAAGUGAUAAUGGAACCGAGUUUGUAAAUAAUCAAAUGAGUAGUUUUUUAAGAAGGAAAGGUGUUUUACAUCAAACAACUUGUGCUUACACACCACAGCAAAAUGGUGUGGUUGAGCGUAAGCAUAGGCAACUAUUAAAUAUAGCUAGAGCCUUGAUGUUUCAGGGUGGUCUACCUCUGAGUUUUUGGUCUGAUUGUGUUCUGACUGCUGUUUACCUGAUUAACAGGUUACCCUCUUCUGUGUUGUUAGGUAAAAGUCCGUAUGAGAUAGUCUUUGGUUUUAAACCCUCUUUAACGCAUCUUAGAAACUUCGGGUGUUUGUGUUUUAGCACUGUGUUAAAUGAAUUAGACAAGUUUACUUAUCAUGCUGAUAAGUGUGUAUUGAUUGGGUAUUCUAAUGUUAAGAAGGGGUAUAAAUUGUGGAGUCUAGAUAAUAAGAAGGUCUUAUUUUCUAGAGAUGUUAAGUUUUAUGAGGAUGUUUACCCUUUCAAGAAUAAACAUGUUGGUAAUUCAGAAUUUAUUGAUAAAAACUUAAAUCAUAUAACCUUUUUUGAUUGCUAUGAUACUGAAACACCUGAAGUUUCACAAAUGCCCGAUGAUGAAGAGGGUAAUAAUGGCUCUCAUGGUGGUUCCAGUGAUGAUCAGCAGCCAUUAGGACCCUCCACAUCUACCAUAAUCAGUAUUGCUGAUCAACCUCAGCAAGUUCCAACUGGUUAUGAAGGAAGUAGUGAAACUGGGUUUUAUGGCGAGGCAGAGGACAGUGGAACACCAAGUGAUGAGACCAACCUAUCUGAGGGUGCUGG